AUGCUUGACGUCGAGAAACUUUGUCAGGAGAAGAGAAAAUACUUGUCUGACAAGUGGUCGGCUCCAUUUGCUUACAUGCUCGAAUUAGGAGGGUUCUCGGGGCAGAUUCCUGGGUGUAACUUCGACGAGAUCACCCAUAUGGACAAAUUGAUAGUGACGAUGCUGAAUGCAUUUGAGGAGUCGAACCAUGAGGUAUUCUGCAAAGUUGACUUCAUGACGGCGUUUUCAGACCCUGUCGAAUUUUUGAGACGGUACAAUGAGGCUGAGGAGGAGCUUCGAGUGAUGGAAAGGGCAGUAUUGAGCGGACUCAGAGAUGUUCUUAUUGGCAUCAAAAGAACUGCACCGGAGAUAUACCACAUGUUCGUUGAUGGAGUCGACGCCAUGAGAAACCACGUCCUUAAUGAUAUUGACAUUGAAGUGUCACAAUUGAUUGACGACAGAGUGAACAACACUCACCUUCCUUUGCAUUCAAUCACCGAGGCCAUGGUAGCUGUUCUGGAAGCAGAUAUUAAUUCCAUUCUCACCAAAGUGUUAUCACAAUGCUACUGA